GAAGUGGUUCUCUUGACUUGUGCGCUACUUCGUCGUUGUGGCUAGCAGUGUACUAGCUGCUGCUUUAAAUUUUUCUGGCAAGUAUCCUAGUCUCUUGCAUAUCAGAUUUUUCCGUAUAUAUCUGGCAUACAUAUCGUUUUCCAACCUGAGCCAUUUGACUCAAAGUUGCAAUACUAGAAAAUAUAAUAUUGAGUCUGUGACAUCAUCAACGUUAUUGUUGUCUAUGAACGACUAUUUUACUGUAUGCUAUUUAAAAUUAGUCCCUUGAUAUUACUGAUCAGUCAUAUAAAAUUUUUGUUCCGAAUUGCGAUCUUUAAUUCCGGCAAAUUGCCUAUUGUAUGUCAAGCCAAUCUAAAUUAAUGGGUCGUUGAGUGACGUGGUUUCUUACCCCUCUAUCUUCUAGUACUGAUUGAUAAAAUAAAAGAAACAUCUAUUCAACAUUGAUUUUUAGGAUUUAUUGGAAGCCUUUCAACAAUACAUCUAAAGAUAUGGUUUGUAUUCCGUGCAUUGUAAUACCAGUAAUAUUAUGGAUACUACAUCGGCUUUUAUAUCCUGUCGUGUACUACUUUUUUCCAAGAUUAAAGCCCAUUUCAGAACCGACAGUUGAGGAAUUGGAACAAUUGGACAAUAUUACGGAAGACGAUGUAACCGAUACUUGUCAGGUUAGUAAAUUAUUUCAAUUGCAAAUCCGUUUUUUUUUUCUUAUUUUAGCCAUCAUCACCUUCAAAGUCUAAAUCCGAGUGAUUUCUUUCCUUUUGCAUUCUGUAAAUUGACUUUCGAUCUUACUUGAAUAAUUUAAUUUUUUUAUAAAAAAAAGCUGGUUGUUUUAUGUUUGUACAAUAGACGGGAAUUAUAAUAGGAUUAUUGUGUUCGUCAAGUACCAUAGUUUUUUUCAAAAAAAGCAAAUUCUAAAUAAAUUAUUCUUCGACCAAACUUAGGGCGGCUCAAUGAAAGACUGCCACUAAUUCUGAAAGACAUAUUUAGACUCAGAUCAUUCUUUAGUGCGGGCAUGUAUUUGUCAUCGUCUCAUCGGACGUAAAAAACCACAAGAGAACUUCUUGAAGU